GCGCCGCCGCAACUGAGAAAGAUGGCGACCGACACAGGGCGAUUCAGGGGAGCUGUCAACAAAAACAAAGACCCCUCUGGUCUUCUCAUCUCUGUCAUAAGGACUUUGUCCAGCAGCGAUGAUGUCCAGGACAGGGAGACUGAGAAAGGCCGUCUCGAGGAAGCUUUUGAAACGUGUGACCGGGAUCUGGAUGAGCUCAUCGUCCAGAAUUAUGCGGAGCUCACCACCGCUAUUAGGACGUACCAGAGCAUCACUGAGCGCAUCACUACCUCCCGUAACAAGAUCAAGCAGGUGAAGGAGAAUCUGCUGUCCUGCAAAAUGCUGCUGCACUGCAAACGGGACGAGCUGAGGAAGCUGUGGAUUGAAGGCAUUGAGCACAAGCACGUUCUGCAGUUAUUGGAUGAAAUUGAAAGCAUCAAGCAAGUGCCUCAGCGCCUGGAGGCUUAUAUGGCCAGCAAGCACUACCUCCAUGCCACGGACAUGCUGGUGUCUGCCGUGGAGUCCCUGGAGGGUCCCCUGCUGCAGGUAGAGGGUCUGAGCGACCUGCGUCUGGAGCUGCACAGCAAGAAGCUCAACAUCCACCUGGUGCUCAUCGACGAGCUGCACCGGCACCUCUACAUCAAGUCCACCAGUCGCCUGGGACACAAGAAGGACAAGAAUGCGGCACGCCUUCCCGGCUCCAUGAACAAAGACACAUCUCCCAUGCCGGCGUUGGACAUCAGCGGCCUCUCCACGCCCAGAAAACUUCUGGAUUCAUCGCAGUUCAGCACGCCAGGAUCAAGCAGCGUGCGUGAGCUUCAACAAGAUAUGCGCGAGAACCAAUUAGACCUCCCUGAGAUUGACCCAGAGGAGAACAGUGCGGAAUUCAUGGGCAUCCUUAUAAAGGCUCUGGCCAAGCUGAAGAAGAUCCCAGAGACCAUCAAAGCCAUCAUGGAGCGGCUAGAGCCUGAGCUCAAGCAAAUAGCAAAGAGGUCCACCACGCAGAUAGCGGACCACGCCUACCAGAGAGGAGAAAACCUGGCUCAUGAGAGCCAACCAAGGCUGCUGCUGGAGCUGCUGGAGCUCCUGUUUGACAAGUUCAAGGCGGUGGCCCAGGCGCAUAGCGUGGUGCUGGCCCACCUGCAGCGGAUCGCCGUGCAAUGCCCCGGGGGCGCCUAUGAAGAGGGCAUCAAGCUGUACGAGCAGGCCGACGUGUCCGCCAAGAUCCAGACGGUGCUGCAGGUGCUUCUCAUGGAGUAUCUGGACGUCAAGAACAGUCGCAGCACCACAGAGCCGUCGGCCCAGCUCGCCUACGCCAGCACGGGCAGCGAGUUCGCCGCCUUCUUUGCCAAGAAGAAGCCGCAGCGUGCCAAGCAGUCACUUUUCAAGUUUGAGUCAUCAUCCCAUGCCAUCAGCAUGAGUGCCUACCUGAGGGAGCAGAGACGGGAGCUCUACAGCAAGAGCGGAGAAUUGCAAGGCGGCGCAGACGACAACCUGAUGGAAGGAGGAGAAAUGAAGUUUGUGUGUAAACCGGGCGCGAGGAACAUCACUGUCAUCUUCCAGCCUCUUCACAGGUGCAGUGCAUGAAUUCCAAGUCUCUUCACCGUCAUCAACCCUUUUGAGCUUUGAGCUACCCAGAAAACCAGUCUGGUGUAUGCUGUCUAGCGCAGUGAGGAAUGCACCGGAAGCCAAGCAGCCACUGAGCGGGCGCAUGGCACAACACAGACGGGCUAACUCUCAGGUCAAGACGGUCUAGCUGCACCUCAAAGAGAAACAGCAGUCUUUUGAGGACACAUUCAGGACAGAGACAAAGGAUGGUUUGAACGAGGAGUGAGGGAAGCCAUCAGCGUUAAGGUUGCGAAGCCAUCUUUGAACAGAGGGGGAGGUCUACGGCACCACCUUCUCCCACAUACAAUGCUGUCCUUUCAUCCCUUCCUAAAAGAUUCAAUCAAACCUGCAAUAAAAGCCUGUUGUUCCAGCAAUCAAGUCUGGUGCUUAUCUCACCGUACAGUCACUGACACCUAGUGACCAAUGUAGAAUACUACAUUCACAAGUUAAAUGAUGCUCUUAAUGGCUUAUAUUUGUAUUUUUAUUGUAGAUCAUUUAGCCAUUUUUAUGUUUGAAAAUGCUUAAUUUGGGCAAAAAAAACAUGUACAGUUUGCCUAAAUAUGCAUUUUUUUGGACUACUAAUAGGCCAUAGUCAACCACAAAACAGCGAUCAUUUACUUACCUCACUCAAUCCCAGCCAUUUUUCAAAAGACAACCCCUUCAUUAGCGGCCAUUUUAGAGGAUUUUGACUGAUCUUUCAAGGCACACAGAAUAUUGUGUUCUAUGGCUAUAGAAACAUGGAACCUCCCAAAAGAAAGAUUAGACUCUCGUGUUUCAUCAGAACUGAAAGUUUAUUUCUACCUUUUAUUGUUCUUUAGUAAUCAGCAGUAAAACAUAGGUAAGUUUCAGGAAAAUAUCCGUUCCCGACUAAAGCAGGGAGAAAACCAUUUUUUUGUGAAAAGAUACAUUUCAAGCAUAACUUUCACUUGGACAGGAAUAUUUUUUGCUUUUAUGACAGCUGAAAUAUCUAAACAACUAUACCACAAUGUAAACAACACAACAUCAAAAUAACUAGUUACAAAUGUAACACCAUUAACUCUUUACAAUUUUCGCAUUUGGAACUGAGCUAUGUGUGUGCCUGUGCAAGCGUUAAAAUUUCCCUACAGUGCGUAACGUUCUGCAUGCGACACUCCUCCACACUCCUAUACUUCCUCCUUCCUAUCGUGUGUUUUUUCCAUCCACGUGAUCCCUGCGAGUUCUUGCCAAAUGCACUUCUGCCACCUUGUGGCCGUUUUAUGGCUUAAAAUUGCUCUGAAGUGAAAUCCAUUAGUGGGGGUGUUGCGUCAUCACCUGUUUUUGCCUCUCGCUCAAAAAACCCCAGAAGACGUAUAAAUAUGUUGUUGGGAUCGGGCGUUCAGGUUUAUAAAAAUGUAUAACUACGUGUUUGGUAUUGAAUGAGUUCAUUCAUUUUUUUAAAAAUGUGAUAGCGUGAGAGAGCAAUGUUCGAACCGCGAUGUAGUGAGGGACAACUGUACAGUAUAUUGAUUCUAUGGUGUCUGAAUGUGUUUUGCUGCCCGGUUCAGCUCCACCUGCCAGGCCGUGCACCGGAGGUUGGAGUUCCUUGCUUUAGACAGUCAAGCCCGAGCUGUUUCCCAGCAAUCAGAGAGGCAUUAGAAUGCGGCAGGUUACCUCAUUUACCUAAAUUCCCUUUUGGUAUAAAUACAUAAUGCCAUUCAAGGGCCUAAGUAUUACUCCCUGCGCACACGCACGCACAAACACACAGGGCAUGACACGGACAAUUGUGGGGCUCCAAAGCAUAGACUCUGACAUCUGUUUGCUAAUGACAGAUAAUUACAUGCUGUCAAGCGCAAUCACCAGUUGUUGCCUAGGAAGUGGAUUUUUUGUAUGUGGCUUCUAAAGGGGGGGAGGGAGGUGCCGCUACACCUUGAGAAGAAUAUCACGUAAAUGCUAGAGGCCAGCUUUGAGACUGUGGAGUCAACACAAUCAAUACUGUUUAUUGCUGCGAGGUUCCCACUGGUGCUUGAAAUGCAUACAUUUGCAGUAACAAUCACAACAAAUGGAUAAUUGGCCUGGAAUCUGGUCUUGAAAGUGUUUAAAUUUACCCUUGGCCAUGCUGUCGGAACCCCGCAUACUAGGACACGGCCGGUGUUUUAUGUGCUGAUCACUAAUCAUGAUCCUUUGGUGGUAAUUGACGGCCACUACUGUAUUACAACCUUGCUGCAUGUCAGUGUUUGUUUGAGCGCGUCAGGCCGGGUAAGUGAAUUAUUUAAGGUUAUUAAGAUUUCACACGGCGGGCCGAGUUGUCAGUGUGAAGCUCGCUGUCAGGUCUGUGUGGUCACCGUAGCAACCUGGCUGAUGCUUCUGAUGUGUAGGUUUGAGUUGUCCUGUUCUAUUAUCCGCUGAGUGCUGUUGUCAUCAGAUUAGCUUUAGUGCUAAUAAACAAAAUUGCCCUGACACGGCGACUCGCAGCCCUUUUAUCCCAGUUAACUCGGCUAAGCCCCCUGCUGCCCAGUGUCCUCGACUCCUCGGCUCCAGAUGGCACUUUUACUGCUCGGGCCCUGCCGCAUUACUCAAAUGUUAUCACCUCUGUCUGCAAAAAUCCAUCUGUGCUCACGCACAAACGCGCCGAUCCAUCAUCUUGACGCUCGUAUCGAAAACAAUGACAGUAACGACAGCCCGAGAUGGAUCUUGGGGCAACUAGGCACGCCUUUAAAGUGGCAACUUUUUGUCCCCAAAUCGAUUUGUUACAGAUGAAGUUGUCAGCAGAAAUUUUCCCUUGAAAAGUGUAGGGUGGGUGGGGGUGUUUUUAAGUUGUGUACAUAUUUAUAGAGAGGAGCUGUUUAUCAGGCCUCCAUUGUUUAUUUUUCCAGUUUUUUUCAUGACAGCUUUAAUUAGGCCACAGAAGAGUUUCUCCCACUCUGUGCUGCGGUCCAGUUUGGAGAAUCAAUAAAGGAUUUGCAGUCGGUUUAGACUGUCUCUCGCUGACACACAAAGGCCUCCAGUCUUGCUGACUAAUUGGGUGCAAAUGCUGAGUAGUUUGCUAGAAUGGCCGGAGGCUCAGAGCUAUACCCACUUCAUGUUCAAAUGCACAAAAUAAAGUUUCCUUUGAUUAAUAAAGGCAAAUUGAAUAAUAAAGGCAAGACUUGCCUGGAUGCAGAUGUAUUGACAUGCUAACUUUGCCACCCUAUGGAACCUCACUCCAUUCAAUUUGCAUCGGUUUGUGGCGUUAGAUAAGUUAGACAGUUUAAAAUGGUCCAGCACCACACUUUGCUUCUUUAGUAUCUGUUUCAAUUCUGACAGCAGCAAGCUAGUAAGAUCAGACCUGUGUACUGAAAUCCUUAAAGGAAAACUGCACUUUUUGGGGGAAUUUUGCCCAAUGGGAAUCACCUUUUCCGCCCUAAAAAGCCUUCUGAAAAAAACUCCAAAAAAUGCCAACAACGCUCCAUUUACAUAUAAUGUGACCUGCAUAUUAACCAUCCUACAGCGACAUUGUUAAAAUCUAGCUUACCCCCGACUGGUCUAUGCUUGUUUGCAAUGAUGCAACUUUUAGCUCUGCAUCAUUUCAACUCCAAGCAAAGGGAAUCUUUCUGCUUGGUUUACCAAGGGAAUCUUUCAUCUUUGCAGCAUGUUUGCCUCACCUAGCCCCCCCUCUUGUUUUUGCUGUCUCGGGGUCAUGCGUAGCGCACGUCUUGUAGGUCACUGCAACGCUUUUUUGCGAGGCGUUUUGAUUUAUUUGCGCAUUUAUAUGUGCCGCGCGCUCGAGAAGGCGCCCGCUCUUGUGUGACGUCGCCCCUGUGGCGCGUGCGAGACGAGGUCAGCGGCCAGCGAUCCUGACAAACGAGGUGCCUCGGUGAAGCUAUAUGUUUCCCGCACGACCUAUAUCUGGACAUCUGGCAAGCAGAUUGUUAAUAUUUUGCUUUUCUUUGUUUUAUGCACGACCAUUGCAUUAGAUUACGAUGAGGUCUGGAGUGCACCUCUCUCAUUCUUUUUUUUUUUUUCCAUCAGUCUGUCAGAAAUGACAGAAAUGAGCCACUUUGUGCGCUCAAAAGGGUUCUUGCUCUUUAUCUAAUGCAGUUCAAACUCAACUUACCUGGGGUCCACAGGGGGUAGCGUCUAGGUGAGGUUGGGCCGUAUCAAGUGUACAACAAAAAUACAAAACAAAUUGGUGCUGUCAAAUGAUCACAUUUUUCAAAUCAGUUAAUCAUGAUUCAUCACCCUUUGCAACUACAAGUAUGUGUGAAAUAUGCCCAUUUUUGCUGUAUUUUAUGUGCAGAAAGAUAAAUCCAUUUGUAUUAACAGCUCCAAAUUAACUGAAAAUGUAAGCCAAGCUAAAAGAUACCACGUCUGAAAACGUACUUGCCUAACACUCGAAUAGUAGCAGAACAUUUGAGUCACACGAGUUGUUGUGAGCCAUGAGGGGUUGCGAUCACAGACACCAAUGUAAUUGAAGGUGAAUUUACGUGUUUUGAGUGUAGAUGUAUUUUCAGGGAUUUCCAAGCAUUUUUAAAUGCAGCAAAUUGUACUUUUGAGGUAAGAGUUACGCUAGUCAGUGAUAAAAAUAUCCACUUACUGUUUUUCUUUGCCUUUGUGUUUAUUUACACCACACAUACAGUACAAGCAUAAUAAACACGCCUCGCGGUCGUCUCAUGACAGCGAGAAGUGUCGUUCUGAUGAUGAGCGGACAAGAGACGUGUUUGUGAGUUGGAGAUACUGUACAUACAGUGGGGCAAAAAAGUAGCAACCGAAAGUGCUGGUUUUCCCACUUAAAAAGAUCAUAAUAAUAAUAACACAGUUUAUUUAUAGAGUGCUUUUCAAAAACUCAAGGACGCUGUACACGGUAAAAGCAAACAAACACAAGUGUACAAAAUAGCAAAAUAACAGUAGAACAUGAAAACCUAAAAGGAGAGUUCAGAACAAACAGUCAAAAGUGCAUACAAAAGACCAGAUUAAGUGAUUGCAAUGUGAUGUAGUUACUAAAUACAGUCAAACCUGUCUUUAGCGGCCACUGAAGGGAAACUGCAAAAGUGGCCGCUAUAGACAGGUCGGCGGCCAUUUUGAAUUUGUGCACACAUAUUAACAUGUAUUCACAAAAAGACUGGAGCAAAACCAAGAAACAUAGGGGAAAAGGCUCUGUUGACACAUAAGCAGGUAGGUAAAUCUAGGUAACAGCUCCGGUGAGGAAACUAGUAAUAUCAAUGACAACAAUGAACCAGCGGCGCACAUUCGACGGCACUGGCCUUUUAUCCGCCGCAAAUGUUAAUUGACCGCAGCUGCGCGGCCACCAGGCAUGAAGCGGCUGCCUCUUCCUCCCCGGAGAAGGCACAGCCCGCCAAAUGAGAGCGCAGGACAGGGGACGCUCGCUCCUGUCCUGCAGAACGUCACAAAUUUCCAUCUUUGAUUUUUUUUUAAACACUAUUUUAAAAGCAAGAAAUAAAAAUGUUAGUGAACGAGCCUGAGGAUAUAUGUACAGGAUACGCGUGAAGCAGUCAUGAAUGGGUGUGUGCGUGAACAAGUGAGUGCGGAGGAGGUGCGAAGAUUGUCGUAAACUAACAAUAGCAUCGCUCCUUUCUUAUUGAAUGGGCUUCUAAUCUCUAAUUAGUCGGCAAUUAAGUGAUAUUUUAGAUGUUUUAUUCAAGUGUUUUGGCUAUUUUAGAAUCUAUUCACGGUAUUGCAAAGUGGGAAGAUUACCGUUUUGGCCGUCAUUGAAUCUUUUCAGGGCGGCAUUGCAAAGUAAGAAGACGGCUUUUGUAUGUCGAACUAGGACUCAGUAAUUAAAGUCUACACACAACGGCUUAGUUGCUUAAAAAACAAAACUUUUUCGUGCAUAAAGCUUCUGCUUGAGUCGGCAUUUUGGCCGCUCUAUGCGGUCAGAUAUUGACCAAGGGAUACGAAAUGGGUGGCCGCUGGCCGCGUUAGACAGGUGACCGCUAUACACAGGGCCUAUAACACGUACAUUUGCUGCGGGGGAUUUUGCAGUGGCCGCUAUAGGCAGGUGGCCGUUCUAUAAAGGUGGCCGCUAAGACAGGCUUUACUGUAUAUAUGUUUUAACGAGAUUAUCUGUUAAAAGCAGUGUGUCUUUAAGUUAGUCUUGAAAGUGGUAAGGUCAGCAGUGUCACAGAUGUGUGGCGGAAGUGAGAUCCAAAGGGAGGGGGCAGCAACACAGAAGGCUCUGUCCGCCCAGGUUCGGCGCUGAUGAGAAAGGUCUGUAAUUUUCAUUGUAGGUCACUUCAACUGUGAGAGACAGAGUUUGAAAAAAAAAUCCAGGAAGUCAUAUUGUAUGAUUUUGAAAGACUCUAUUUGUAAAUGCUUGAGUAAAAGAAGUACUUGGCACCUACAAACAAGCAACAAUUCUGGCUCUCGCAGACCUGUUGCUGCUUGUCUUAUCCUCCUCUCGUUACCUGUUUACCCUUUUGUAAUAUG